AUGACUUCUCUUCGUGGUAGCGGUGGGAGUGGUGGCGGCGGUGGUGGCAGCAGUGGGAGUGGUGGCGGCGGCCGUCAUGGCAGUCACGGUGGAGCUGUUCAGUGGGGAGUUUCUGGCAGUGGCCAGAUGCAGCUGCAGCGGCGUCAGUGUGAGACCCUUACGUCCCAGCAGCUUCGUGAGUGGCACGCUCAGCGUGAGGCGUCUCGGAGUACUGCUCGCUGCCCGUACAUUGUUCGCACAGGUGAUCAGGCUGGUCAGACUUGCGGGACAGUUGGCCACACACAGUCCUGCCGCUUCUCCUGUCUGAGCGACGCCUGGCGCGCAGAGUUUGGCGACGAGGCUGAGCUCCCCCGCUGGCUAGAGCUGCUUCGGAACAAUGUGGAUAUAUUUGCUCUAGACUAUGACGCUAUCCUUACUGCCAUGUAUGCUUUGACUGUUGGUACUGAGGGUGACUGUUACCUGUGUGUGCUGCCUGACCCAGGUAUAGAGGCUGCUGCUCUUGCUGAAUUCUUGCACGUUCCUCCACUGUUCUCCCGUGUCCGGCGGUUCCGUCUGGCUCACUCUCAGGUCUUCACCUCCCCUCGUUCUCUACGAACUUGCAUGCACUCCCGCCUCCUUGUCUCUAGUCUUCCCAGGUCUCUGCCUCCCCGCCUGCCCCGCCCUGCCUUCUUUGCGUCGAGGGGCGGCAGCGCGCCACCCCUCACUCCUCCUCGUUUCCCCCGACGACUGCUCCCCUGCAGACUCUCCACAUGGACGUGUGGGGCCCAGCCCGCGUCAGUGGACAGGGCCGCGAGCGAUACUUUCUGCUGGUUGUUGACGACUACUCGCGUUACGGGGGAGGUCCCUAAUAUCUUGAUCCCUUGGAUCCAAGCUGUUCGUCUCCAGCUCCGCGAACGGUUCCGCACGGACCUUCCUGUCCUGCGUCUGCACUCUGACAGAGGUGGUAAGUUCUCCUCCGACCUCUUGCGGGACUUUUGUCGUGGGGAGAGCAUCGAGCAGUCGUUCAUGCUUCCGGCCUCUCCGCAGCAGAAUGGGAUUGCUGAGCGCCGCAUUGGCUUAGUCUUCGAGGUGGCUUGUACCUCCAUGGUCCAUGCAGCUGCUCCCCAUUUUCUGUGGCCGUUUGCGGUCCGGUACGUCGCGCAUCAGCUCAACCUCUGGCCUCGUGUCUCCUUGCCGGAGACCUCGCCUACACUGCGUUGGACGGGGGAGGUUGGUGAUGCGUCGGUGUUCCGUGUCUGGGGCUCUCAUGCAUUUGUCCGUGAUACCACCGUGGACAAGCUCUCCUCUCGCGCCAUUCCCUGCGUCUUCCUUGGCUUUCCCCCUGACGCGCCUGGCUGGCAGUUUUACCAUCCCACCUCGCGCCGUGUUCUGUCCUCUCAGGACGUCACGUUUGACGAGUCGGUUUACUUCUACCAUCUCUUCCCCUACCACACUGCCCCUCUCCCCGCACCCCUGCCGCUCUUCCUCGCUCCAGGUCCCCCUCCGGUAGACCCCCUUCCCCCUCAGGGUCCUGCUCCUUCAGGUGUCUCUCAGGUAGACCCACUUCCCUUGGCUGAGCCUGUCGAGGUCACUGGUGACUCUGGUGCUGCUGGGGGUGGUGCUGCUAGGGGUGCUGCGUCUGGGGGUGCUGAGCCUGCGGGUGCGGAGCCUGGGGGUGCUGAGCCUGAGCGUGAGGAGCCUGGGGGUGCUGAGCCUGCGGGGGUACUGCGUCUACCCGGCGGGAGCCUCUCUCACCACAGCAGCUGCGCGAGUGGUUUACUUGGUGCACCCGCCUUCGGGGUGGCACAGCUGGAGCUGGAGGCGUUGGAGCUGGAGACCCUAGAGUUGGAGGCUUUGGAGCUGGAGGCACUGGGGCUGGCGGCCCUGGAACUGGAGGCGCUGGAGCUGGAGGCGCUCCGGCUGGAGACGCUGGAGCUGCUCGGGGUGCUGCGUCUGGCGGUGCUGAGCCUGGGGGGUGCUGAGUCUGGAGGUGCUGAGCCUGGUGGUGUUGCCUGCACGAGUGGUUUGCUCGGCGCACCCGCCUUCGGAGUUGCGCUGAUGGAGCUGGAGGCAUUGGAGCUGGAGGCACUGGAGCUGGAGGCACUGGAGCUGCAGGCGCUGGAGCUGGAGGCGCUGGCGCUGGAGGCACUGCCGCUGGAGACGCUGGAGCUGGAGGCACUGGAGCUGGAGGCACUGGCGCUGGAGGCGCUGGAGCUGGAGGUGCUGGAGCUGGAGGCACUACCGCUGGAGACGCUGGAGCUGGAGGCACUGGAUCUGGAAGCACUGGAGCUGGAGGCAUUGGCGCUGGAGGCGCUGGAGCUGGAGGUACUGGAGCUGGAGGCACUGGCACUACAGGCUCUGGAGGUGCAGGCGCUGGAGCCGGAGGUGCUGGAGCUGGAGGCACUGGAGCUGGAGGCGCUGGAGCUGGAGGUGCUGGAGCUGGAGGUGCUGGAGCUGGAGGCCCUGUGCAGCAGCGCCCACUCACCGCUGCCUGCCCCCCCUCGUUACGUUGAGCAGCCAGUCUCCCUUAUAGAGCGUCAUGAGCCUGCGUCUCGUCCUGCCUCCCCUGUUCGCACUGUUCGCCGUGCUCGUCGUAUCCCUCAUCCGCGUCCUCCUCAUGUGACAGGUACUCACACUAUGGCACUUCGUCCUUCCUCUGUUCUACAGCGUGUCCUCCUGCCGUCUCCUCCUGUGUCCUCUCUUCCUAACGUCUCGGACCCUGCUUCUGACUUGGUUCGUGCUGCCAGCCCCGCUAUCACACGUCUCCUGGCCACAUUCGUCACUGACCCGUCGUUUGAGUCUACUGUUGCGUCUGCCUUAGUUGCUGAGCUUGUGGACUUUGCUGCUGCGUGUCGUCUAGACUACGCCGCUAGUCUUGUUGCUGAGUUUGAGUCUGUCUGUCCUCCGUCCGUCGCGGGUGAGUGUGCUCUUGGCACGAACGUCCUUGAGGACAGGCACGAGGACUUUGAGUGUCUUGCGUCUGCUGUACCUCAUCUCAUGGCCUGGCUGCUUGCACCUGAGGGAGACCCGGAUGCACUGGACAUCCCGACCCCGCGCUCUUACGCAGAGUCGACUUUGGGUCCCUACUCCUUUCAGUGGCAGAUAGUUAUGGACGCAGAGAUGGCAUCUUGGAAGUCCACAGGCACUUACGUCGACGCAGUUCCCCCUCCUGGGGCGAACAUAGUCGAUGGCAUGUGGAUUUUCAGGACCUUCUCCCCCACCCCGAAGAUGACCACUCUUCGGGUGCUGCUGCACGUUGCCGCUCAGCGUGACUACGAGCUGCACUCUCUUGACUUCAGCACAGCUUUCUUACAGGGCAGCCUGCACGAGGAGAUCUGGCUGCGCCAUCUACCUGGCUUCACUGGGUCGUUUCCUGCAGGUACCCAGUGGAGCCUCCGACGACCAGUAUACGGUCUCCGCCAGGCGCCUCGUGAGUGGCACGACACACUGAGGAUGACACUUGCGGCUCUUUCGACUGCUGACCCGCCGCUUGUUCUGCGCACAGACACUUCACUGCCGCCGUUCUACAUCCUUGUGUACGUCGACGACUUGGUUUUUGCCACUGCUGACACUGAGGCACUGGCCCUUGUGAAGUUGGAGCUGCAGAAGAGACACACGUGCACAGACCUGGGCAUGGGGCUUCCGCUUGGAGGACAGGGUCGAGUUGUCCUCACUGGACACUCAGACGCCUCUUGGGUUGACGACCUGGCUACGCAGCGGUUGUCACAGGGUUACACCUUCAGCCUUGGCUUCGGCUCUGUUUCGUGGCGUUCUACUCGCUCGUCUUCUGUUCUCAGCUCCACUUGUGAGGCUGAGAUCUACGCAGGAGCCAUGGCUGCACAGGAGCUACGCUGGCUCACCUACCUGCUGACCGACUUGGGAGAGGGGCCUCGUUCCCCUCCAGUUCUGUACGUAGACAACAAGGAUGCGAUUGCCUUGUGUCAGGUGCACAGACUGGAGCACUAA